AAUGUGUCUCCUGUUGCUCUCCUAUGUUCUUUUUCCUUUUUUUUCCUCCCUUCAUUUUAUAGCGAGAAGAACAACGCUUUAGAGACUCAAGAAUAAAUUCCCAUUUUUGACCUGUUAUCUUUCACGAAGUUUGCAAAGGUGAUCUUUAGUAGCCAUGGCCCGUACCAAGCAGACCGCCCGUAAGUCCACUGGAGGCAAAGCCCCCCGUAAGCAGCUGGCCACAAAGGCUGCCCGUAAGAGCGCCCCCUCCACCGGUGGAGUCAAGAAGCCCCAUCGUUACAGGCCCGGUACCGUGGCUCUGCGUGAGAUCCGUCGUUACCAGAAGUCCACUGAGCUGCUGAUCCGCAAGCUGCCCUUCCAGCGUCUGGUGAGAGAAAUCGCCCAGGACUUCAAGACCGAUCUGCGUUUCCAGAGUGCUGCCAUCGGAGCUCUGCAGGAGGCCAGCGAGGCCUACCUGGUGGGUCUGUUUGAGGACACCAAUCUGUGCGCCAUCCACGCCAAACGUGUCACCAUCAUGCCCAAAGACAUCCAGCUGGCACGUCGUAUCCGCGGGGAGCGCGCUUAAAAUGUUUCCUGGUUUGUUAUAUGCUGUCCUCUUGUCCCCUGUCACCACUCUUUUCCUCCCUCUAUACUUAGUUGGUAGUUUGGUUUGAGGUCCUAUAUAUAUAUAUCAUAUGAUUGUGAUAACCGUAAAAUGUGUGAUCAUGUCUUCUUUGGUGCUACUAGUAGCCGAGUUUCCUUCAAGAUAUCUUCACUCCUCACUUCUAACUAGCUAGCUCACAUCAAUGUUUGUUAUCUCCAUGCAUCGGGUGUUUUGUCAAUGCAAGAAUAGUUUGCGAUAUCAAAUGUGCACAGGAAAUCUCAUUAAGGCUAAGACAUCUUCAUCUUCACACAGACAUUUAAAUUGAUAUAAUGGGCUUUUCUUUACUUUAAAUAGAGAUGUGUGGUCAAAGUAGUGAUUCUUCUUUCUUUUUUACAACAAUGGUGUAUUUCUACUGUUAGUGUUUAAUGUAUCAAAAAACUAUAGUUUGAUUCUGGUUGUCAAUUAGAAAACGUCAUUGUGCUAUGAUGACACUGCAUUUUUGGCAGAAUGCAAGCGGCGUAUAUGUAGCAGACCUAUGGUGAUCAUACUUUGAUUUUCAGCCACGUUAUUAUGUCCAGGUAAUGUUUUGACUUGUUGUUCCUCUCUCAGGUUGAUAUAACCUAUUUUUUUUUUCUACUGUGUUUUUGAUUUAUGUUUUCAGGCAUUUUUAAGAGCAAAAUAUUUGUACUCUGGAAUUCACAUACAAACAUAAUAAACAGAUUUGUGUGGUUAAUAAA